AUGCAGAUAGAAAGUGACCCUUCAAGAGGGGAGAAAGGUGAAGGUGUGCCCACCUCUUCUGACGUCUCUUCCAAAAAACGAACGGAAGCAGAACAGCAGCAGAUAGAUGAGAAUCGCAAGAAGGCGUUAGACCUCUUCAACGCUCGUGUAGUUUCCAAUGAUCGGAACGUCAAAAUCGUAACCAAGGGUGCUUCCGUCUAUCAUUCACGACCCAUUGACUCCGGUGGUGGUUUCUUCCUCGAUCCACCUCCCUUCUCGCAGAGUCAAGAAGUGGUGCAUUUCGAGAAGUCGGAGGAGGAAACAGACGCGUCAGACGACAGUGGUGGUCUGGGACAGCAGCGUCGAAGGAAACGCCGAAAAUUGCAAUCCAAGCAGCCGCCAGUUCCACCACCAGUAUCUGAAUCGCUACCGAUUCUUCCCCGACCUCCAGAUGAAGAGAAGCCUCUCUGUGAUGAGUGUUCACGCGAAUUCGACGACUCCUACCUCUUGAGAAACUAUGAUUGUCAGGUGUGCGAUGGGUGUAGGGAUAGCAAGGGAAUCCACGCCUUAGUCACGCGGUCAACAGCCAAGGAGCGAUAUCUCCUAUCUGAUGUUGAUUUAGACGUGAGAGAGCCGCCACUUAGACGAAUUUACAAGAAGAAUCCAAGGAAUUCCUCUUGGGGUGAUAUGCAACUGUUUCUUGAAGCCCAGGUUGCGGCGCGUUCGCUGGAAAUUUGGGGCUCAGAGGAGAAACUGGAGGCGGAGCGGGCGAGUCGCGUUGUCAAACGCGAAAAGGCCAAACUGCGAGGAUUUCAAAAAAAGGUCAAAGAGCUUCGAAUCCAGGUGCGGAGCAGUUUGUACACAAAGAAGUCAGUUUCACACGAACACACCUUCGGUCCUGAGGUUUACGACAAGAAAACGGGAAACUAUUUGAAAUCUUGUACCUCUUGUGACUACACCAUGUCCUUUGAAAAGAUGUAA